AUGGCCGACCCGGCCUCCCAGAAGGGUCCCUCCCCACCGGUCUCGGCGGACAGUGGCCGCUCACGCCGCUCCCCACAGAAGGCCGUCACUCCGAGGUCUACUCGUUCGUCGACCUCAGCGAAUGCCGCCGGCUCCUCGGCGUCCGGCCAGCUGCCCUCCCAGCCGCAGCUGCACCAGUCGGCGUCAUCGUCGGCCCAACCUUCCCCGACCAAAGCGAAAUCUGAGAUCAGGAAAAGGAAGCCCAUCUUCGUGACCUGCACGAACUAUCCAGAGUCUGGUCCUGCUCCUCCGCCGCAACAGCCUGUCGUCGAGGACGGCUCGGACCUGAAGCGGAGCCAGCGUCGAUCCAAGGUCGAGGCUCUCAGCAAAAUUGAUCGUGCGGGCACACCGACGACGGUGGCGAGUGGGCCCACUGCGACGUCUUUUGUGCCCCCUCCCCCGCCGCCAGCUGGACCAUCAGUGCAGCGGAAUCCGCUGAAACGACCUCGUGUCGUCAACCCUCCCUUCGAUCUGAGCUCCGUCCGCACCGAGGCUCCACCUGAUCCCGGACCUAGCAAUGAGCCCCGUCUCUUCGGCAUCCCCACCUGUCCGACAUACCAUCCGACUCCAGAGGAGUUCAUCGACCCCAUGGCUUACAUGGAGCGGAUCGCUCCAGAGGCGAAGAAGUACGGCAUUUGCAAGAUCGUUCCCCCACCAGGAUGGCACAUGCCCUUCGAGCUCGACACGGAUGUCUUCCGUUUUACGACCCGUCUCCAGCGUCUCAACUCGAUCGAGGCCGCCUCCCGUGCCAAGGUCAACUUCCUCGAGCAGCUUUCCAUGUUCCACAAGCAGCAGGGUGAUGCCAACGCAUACAUUCCGAAGGUUGAGCACAGACUCCUCGACCUCUGGCGGCUACGGAAAGAGGUCAACAAGCUCGGCGGCAUCGACGAGGUGAACAGGUUAAAAGCCUGGCCCAAGAUUACCGCCGAGCUUGGAUUCAACACGACGUCCACGGCACAGGUCAAGUCGGCGUACACUCGCAUUGUUCAGCCGUUCGAGGCAUGGGCUUUAAACGCAAAGGCCUUCCCCGAGUCCCCUGCGACUGCGAACGGCACCCCCUUCCCCGGAAGCGCCAAUGGCAGUGCAAACAAAAGCCGCAUGUCUGGCAUCAAGGCUGCUUCGCCACCGACACCGACCGUGAAGAAGACGAGGCAGCAGGCCCCACCUGUUGCUAACGGCAACGGCGCUGGUCCCAGCACCUCCAAUCGUCGUGUCACCCGCUCGUCACCCCGCUCCCGGAUGGGGGCUGAAAACCAGUCCUCGCCUGCGCAGGUCAAGUCAACCAUCCAGAGUCAGGCACACUCGGAAGCGUCCGGUAGUGCACCCUUAGCGCCUCCCGCGCCCACGCCCAUCAAGAUCACCCUCAACCUGAGUGGCCUGGGAGCUGCGAAGCAAAAUGCAUCCUCCAAGCAGCCGAGCAGUUUUGGCAGCGACAGCGAGCUCAGUGAGCUGAGCGAGCCCGAGUCGUCUGUCGCUGGGUCCCAGACGUCGACACCCGAGCAGCCCAUCAAGUAUGAGAAGGGUGAUGUAAGUAUGCCCCUCGGGAUUAAACUGACGUUGAAGGUCUGUGAGAUCUGCAGCCUCGGCAACAACGCUCCCAAGAUCCUUCUGUGUGACGGAUGCGACCGCGGAUUUCACACGUUCUGCCUCGACCCACCCCUCCAGGACAUUCCCGCCGACGAGUGGUACUGCACCGCCUGUCUGCUGGGAACUGGAGACGAUUACGGAUUCGACGAGGGCGAGGAGCACUCCCUGCCUUCCUUCCAGGCUCGCGACACCGCCUUCACCGAGGCUUGGUUCAACCGGUAUAACCCAACCUACUCGCCGGAGGGCCAGUUCACCAGGAAGAUUGGCAACGCUGUGGUGUCUGAAGCGGACGUGGAGCGCGAGUUCUGGCGCCUCGUUGAGAGCCAGGAUGACACUGUUGAGGUCGAGUAUGGAGCCGACGUGCACUCGACGACGCAUGGUAGUGCCGCGCCGACCGUCGAGACCAACCCGUUGAGCCCAUACGCGCGCAGCCCAUGGAACCUUAACAACAUGCCGAUCCUGCGCGAAUCGCUUCUGCGCUAUAUCAAAUCCGACAUCUCUGGAAUGACCGUUCCCUGGAUCUACGUCGGCAUGCUCUUCUCAGCCUUCUGCUGGCACAACGAGGACCACUACACGUACAGUGUCAACUACCAGUUCUGGGGCGAGACCAAGACGUGGUACGGUGUGCCCGGACACGACGCUGAGAAGUUUGAGGCCGCGAUGAAGAGCGAGGCGCCGGAACUGUUCGAGCGUCAGCCAUCUCUGCUGUACCAGCUCGUCACAAUGAUGAACCCAGGGCGUGUGAAGGAGGCCGGCGUCGAUGUCUACGCCUGCGACCAGCGACCAAACGAGUUCGUCAUCACCUUCCCGAAGGCCUACCACUGUGGCUUCAACCACGGUCUCAACUUCAACGAGGCUGUCAACUUCGCCCUGCCGGACUGGCUGCCAGACGCGAAGGAGUCGGUCGUGCGCUACAAGGAGCACGCCAAGCCGCCGGUGUUCUCGCAUAACGAGCUUCUGAUCACCAUUACGCUCUACUCUGAUACGAUCAAGACGGCGAUCUGGCUGUUAGACAGUCUGAAGGAAAUGGUGGCCGAGGAGACAGAACGGCGUGACAAGCUUCGCUUGGCCAUGCCCGGGAUUGCGGAGACGCUCGUGGAGGAGGAUGUGCCGGAAGAGCAGUAUCAGUGCUUCGUGUGCAAGGGUUUCUGCUAUCUGUCCCAGGUGACGUGUUCCUGCACUCCACACGUCGCCUGCCUGGACCACUACGACAUGCUCUGCCAGUGCCCUGCUACGAAGCGCACGAUGCGCAAGCGAUUCUCCGAGAUCCACCUGGAUGAGAUUCUCACCACCGUCGCCUCCCGUGCCUACGUUCCGUCACAGUGGCAGGAACGCCUCCAGGAGGUUCUCGACAACCCGCGGCCUCCGAUAAAGAAGCUGCAGCAGCUUGUGGCCGACGGGGAGCGCGUUCCUCACCGCCUCGAGGGUCUCGAUGACCUCCGGGAUUUUGUCGCCCGCGUCAACGUGUGGCUUGAGCGUGCCUCUGCGAUCACUACGCGGAAGAACACUUCUCGUCGGAGGAAGGGACGUCAGAGCGAGGUCGUUGUUGAGGAUGACGGCGUCGACCGGAGCCCUGCUGCCAUCAACGGUCUCCUGACUGAGGCUGAGCGGCUGGGCUUCGACGCUCCGGAGAUCGCCCAGUUGUCGGAGAUGGUCUCGUCCACGGAGGACUUCCAGAAGGAGGCCGCUGCUACUCUUUCAAAGACGGAUGACGAGCUCGACUACGACCAGUGCCGCACUGCCUUGAUCCUUGGCCAGAGUCUGAACGUCGAGCUGCCCGAGGUUGCGCAGAUCUCCAAGAUCGUGUCUCGUCUGCAGUGGUACCACAAGGUCGAAGAGGAAGUGGACGACCGCAUGCUUCAGUACUCGGACAUCGUCAAGCUCCUCGAGGAGGCUGAGGACUUUGGUGUCCCCUCGGACCACCCCGGCGUUGUGGAGUUGCGCAAGCGCGAGGAGACCGGUCGCGUGUGGAAGGAGAAGGCGGAGGCGCUCCUCGCUUCUCCGGACAUCUCUGUCGACAAGAUCUCGGAGCUCAUCGAUGACCAGGAACUCACUCCCACCGCUGGUGACCUUAUGCGCCAGCUCGAAAACAUCCGCAAGACGGUUCAGAACUGGGAGUCGGCUGCGAAGCUGCAGCUGUCGCCCGCCGGCACCAUCGGCGGCGCCCAGCGACUCUGUAAGCAGGUAAAGGCUGCCCACGGUGCGCUUCGUCGUAUCCACAUCCCCGAGGUCGAGAAGCUGCAGGCCGAGCUCGAGUUCAACGCCAAGUGGUCCGAGGGCCUUGCUGACCUGUUCGACGUCCCCGUCAACAAGCUCAACCACACCCUCAACAUGCUCGUGAAUGAGCUUGAGGACCACCUCGACCCCUCGGACGACACGCCGAACGAUGAGCACACCUGCUUCUGCCGCGGCGCUGCCACUGCGCACAUGGUUACCUGCCCUGCGUGCUACGGCGAGUACCACCCGAAGUGCGUCGGCAUCAACGCAAAGUCUGCCUCAGCCAUCGCUUCCGCGUCCGCCGACUUUGUGUGCCCCAUGUGCCAGAACCUGCAGUAUGACGACCGACCGUCGCUGCAUGCUCUCGGCAUGUACGCGGACCCGACCAAGUGGAACUUCGUGAUCAAGCCGGCCGAGUUUGCGCUUCUCGAGCGUGCCAUGAACGUGGCUGUCCGCUACGCCUGUCUGCUCGUGCCCUUCUGCGACCCGCAGGAGAACUCGAAGCCUGUGCGCGACUUGGCGCUGGUGUCUCAUCUUCUCCGAAAGCUCUGGGUGCUUAACGUGCGCUUUGACGCUGUAAAUGAUGAGACAAGGACGAUGAUCGUCUUCGAGGAGUGGCUGUACCGCCGCAUGCGCGUUGCCCUCGAUGCCGAGCACGCGAGCAGCGGCCCGCGGGCAAGCAUCGGCAGUGGUCGCACCCGCGCCCGGAAGCCGCGCUUCCAGCUGGAGGGCGUCUACCCGCACGAGUUCUCCUGUCUGUGCACGACGGAGCCACUUGACCACCUGCUUAAGGUGCAGUGUGGCAAGUGCGAGCAGGGCUAUCACUUGUCGUGUGUCAAGGCUCCCAUUAGCCAGGCGAACGCUGAGGGAGGAGGAUGGCGGUGCCCGUUCUGCGUCGUGAAGAGCGGUAAGGCUCCUCCUCGCGGGCUCAACAUCCGGAUCCAGAUGGACGACAAGAUUGGAACGGACGAGUACAUCGACUGGAGGCAGUCGCUGUUCACCUACGCCGACGAGCCUAUCGUCUGCCACCUGCCGCCGAAUCCCGAGUCUGUGACUCUCAUCUGCAGCAAGUACCUGCCGCCUGCGAUUCCGGACGGGUUCGAGCGACCUGUCUGGGUGGAAGGCGCGGACGACACCAAGCGCAAACGCCGAAAGACAGACCCUGCGCCUCAGCCCGCUCCGGCCGCCGCGUCCAGCGCGACCUCGACACCCAUGGGCGGUCGAGCCGCUCCUUCGCAGGCCCGGGCGGUCACCCAGCCUAACACGCCGGCUUCGCUGCCCGUCGCUAACGGACACGGCGCAGCUCGACCGCCUAACGGACGUGUUCCGAGCUUCUCGUACAGCCCGCACCCUGUGCCAGACGCCUCGCACGCCGGCUCAGCCAAUGGCGGCAAGCUGUUCUACUCGAAACCGCCUCCUGUUUCGCCGUUUGACCGCAAGCCGUCGCUGACGAUGACUCCUCCGAUGCCCUCGACCUCGGGUACGCCUCCUCUGCACCGCGCGCACCUCGGUGGCACGCCUUCGAUGAACGGCUCGCCCGGUCCCCGUUCCAUCUCUCCUCUCCCGCUCGGCGCCAGGCCGCCGCAGCGCACACCCUCGUUCCACUCGCCCGGCGCGCCGCCUCCACUGGCGCAGUCUACAGCUCCCAUCCGGAGCCCGGCCAGGGAUGAGCAGCCUAACGGGCACUCUGUCCUGCCGCCCAUCGAGUCGACUGUGCCGGCGAAGCGGCCGCUGCUCGCCGUCGACGAGCCCACCGUGGGUCCGGAAGCGAAGCGCUCUGUGCCCACCAGUCCGACACCUGCUCCUGCGCCGGCCGCUGCGGCCGCUGUGCCCCCGCCCGUCACGGCGCUCUCGGGCGGCGCCGGCUCUGUUUAA